CGCGUGGGGGGAGGGGGAAGUGUCCUUUUGCUUCGGUGUUAAUGGUGCCCGUCGCCCCCAGCCCACUGACGAAGGUGAAGCUAAUCAACGAGCUGAACGCGCGGGAGGCGGAGCUGGGCGUGCAGGAGGCUGUGUCGUGGCACGCCGAGUACAAGGACAGCGCCUGGGUCUUCGUGGGCGGGCUGCCCUACGAGCUGACCGAAGGGGACAUCAUCUGUGUGUUCUCACAGUAUGGAGAAGUUGUGAACAUUAAUCUGGUGCGGGACAAGAAGACAGGAAAGUCCAAAGGCUUCUGCUUUCUUUGUUAUGAAGACCAGAGAAGCACUAUUCUUGCUGUUGACAACUUUAAUGGAAUCAAGAUAAAAGGAAGGACGAUCCGAGUGGACCAUGUGGCAAACUAUCGCCCCCCCAAAGACUCUGAUGACUUAGAUGAUGUCACCAAAGCCCUCCGUGAAAAGGGCUGUGGAGUUAAAACGCCACCUCAUACUUCAUCUGAUUCGUUGUCAGAAGAUGACAGUGUGCCAGUAAAAAAGAAAAAAGAUAAAGAGAAAAGCAGGCAAGAACAGCAAAAGCAGAGCCUGCAUGCUGGGAAGAGGGCUGUGUCUGCAGAGGAAUUGCAUCCAAGAAUCAAAAUUAAAAAGGAGAAAGAAGAUCCUGCCUAUGACCAGUAUGCCAAUGUGAAUCAGCAGUCCUGGAAUGGGUCUGAGAGGAAAUAUGUGAGCAGGACCCAGCGGGAAGAGGAAGAGCAGAGGCACCAGAGAGCUUCAGAGAGAAGAAGGGAAAAGAGCUGCCAGGAACAGCGGGGACAAAACAGCCUGCGGAAAGAGAGAGGAGAGACUGGCAGAAAGGGUGAAGGCCGCAGCAGCAGACGAGAAGAGUGUCUUGAGGGAACCAGAUCCAGGGACCACCGGGAGAGCAGUGCCAGAGAGCCCCAUUCCAGGCACAGAGAGCCAAGUACCACUAGGAAUUCCAGCCACCACUGAGCUGUGGGGUGAGCAGUACCUGGGGCCACGGCUGCUCCAACUAAACAGUUGGAGUGUGUUCCCUGAACCUAGCUCAAAGCCUGCGUGAAGCUUCCUUAUGCCUCUGUGAGGAUGCCACAGCUAGACUGCUAGUUUCCACUAGUUCUAGCUUUGUUUCUCAUUCCAGCUCUCAGAUAAAGAGUCUCCUCCUUGUUCCUGGUGCAGUCUGGGAUGUGAAUUUUGUUGUCUUCUUGUUCAGCCCUUCUGUGCUGUGUUACCUUGCAGCAUUAAUGGUGGAUGGCCUUGCAGACAUGUAGCUGGUUUAAGCCAUUCACUGUGACAUGAAAACAAUCACUGGGCUGCUGGUGUCCCCUAAGAAGUUGGCAGACCUGGCAGAACUGUUUUCCAGUUGUCCCUCUGCUGUUACACUCACUUUCUCAUCUUUCGCUGCAGUCAAUGAGAGAUUGGUGGGAAUCUUUUAGGCCUUACACACACUGGCUUUGUCUCCUGAGCUCAUCCUGUCUAUCUGCCUGCUUCUGUAAUGAAUCUCAAGGAUGCGUUGUUGAGUCAGGGCUAUUUAUUGUUUUUUUAAAUGUCCCUUAAUAAAACUGAUAAAUUAACUGAAA